AUGUAAUUUUUGGUAAAAUCUUCAGGUCGAGUUGGAUUUUUCGGUUUUGCUACAGCCACAGCUUCACAUAAAGAUAUUGCAGGAAAGAAUUUCUUAAGAUUCUAAAGCAAAUAUGCUGAAUAUGUUACUCAAUUCAAUCAAAAGCUGUAAUCUAUGUCUUUGUAAAAUUUGAUAGUGAAGCUAUUGAAAAAGAGAAUAAAGCUCCAAAUGUUGCACCAUAAGGCAAAGUAUUUGAACACCCAUACAACAAUCCACAUAACCCUGUAAAUUUCAGUGGUGUAAGUGCUAAUUACUAAGCUAGAUCAAAUCAUCUGAAUUGUUUUACAAUUUUAUUGGACCAGAAUAAGUAUCACCACAUUAUGAAAAUUUCCUUGUGGCUAGAAAAUACCUUCUACUUACUUAUGGUGGUUUGAUAGUUAUUGGAUUUGCUGCAGGUACAACUAAUCUACAUUGGAUUGCUAAAUCAUCAUUUUUACCAUUCUUAUUCUGGAUGCAAAUUAUGUACUUUUACUUGGAAGGUCGUAAAUCAUUCAUGAAACCAUUACUUGCUAGAUUUUACAGAAGAGUAGCUGGAAAUGAAUGUUUCUAACUUGAUUAAUAUUAUCAUGAAAAUAUGCAACUCAAAAUUAGAACUCUUUUAGAAGCAGCCAAAGGAUAAAUAGAAUAUGGUUAAUUACAUAAAGAAUUUAGAGAUGUUAAAGCAGAAUUAAUUAAUACAGUAUAUUAUUAUCAUUUAUAUUUAAGUUCUUAAUGAAUGAAUAAUUAAAUCUCUAAAGACAUGUUGCAGAGAGAUCUUAAAAUAUUCUUAAAUAAGCUCAAUAAGCUGAAUAAGUAUAUAGAUUCAAUAAUUUAAGAUUAAUUAAAAUAGACUUCUAUCAGAUAUUAUUGAAGCUGCUCAAAAAUCACUUGAUACUAAUCUUAAGAGCAAUCUUCCAGAAAUUCAAAAAGCCUUAUUCAAAUCUGCUCUUAGAGGAUUAGCUUAAGGAAAAAUGACAUAUGAGAAUGAUCCAUUAAUUGAUAUGAUUCUUAAGACCAUCAGAGAACACGUAAGCAAAAUUUAAAACCUAUCACCAGCUGAGUAUAUAUUAAUAAUAUUUUAUUUAGAUAGAAGAAAUUGAUUUCACUCAGUAAGGACUAAUUAGCAGCUAUCCAAGCAAACGAUAAAAAGUAUAUAUUUAUUAUAAUAAAUUAAGAGCAAAAGAAGAUUUCUUAAGAGCUGAACCAAAGAUAGAUUAAACCCUUAAGAAUUAUGAUAAUGUAAAGAGAUAACUAGCUUCUUGGGGACAAUGAAUAUGAACAUUAAUACAUUUAUUAAAUCAAAU